AGCUGCGAGCUUCCAACGUCAGAUCAAAGCAUGAUUCACAAACUACUCGCUUCCUGCGUCGUGCUGGUCGCAGUUUUCGCAGUCGGUGUCCUGUCGUCGGACGAGUGGGACCACGAUGCUAAGUGGGUUCCUCCUACAACCUACAGAAUCGGUCACUACGAGAAACCUCUUUUGAAGCUCUCCCACAACGGAUUGAAGUGGUCAUCCUCACUGGCUCAUCUCUUCAACAAAGGCCACAAACACCAUGGACACACGAAACAUGUCGUGAAGGUUCACCACCACCACGUCGAAGACGCCGGAUGGCACCCUCAUCAUCAUGGCGGAUGGCACUCGCAUCAUCAUGGCGGAUGGCACUCACACGAUCCCUGGUGGUAGAGCUCGCAUCGAUUCCAAUGGAUCUUCAACUUGUACAAAUCCGAGUAGAUAAUGUUAGCCUGGUCGAGCUGGGCUCAUGGUGCACAUCUCAUUCUUCAUCCAUUCAUCUAGAUGUUUUAGCUUCCACUGAAUAAAAUCAUCCUCACAAGUCU